AUGCCGCCACCUUGGAUUAACAGCUUUGCAAGGUCCUUCAUGAACCCCGCUUUCCUCUUCGUUGCAGGUGCUACCCCGGGGAGGGUAGCAGCCGUGCUGGGUGUCAACGGGCGCCCCCACGCCCCCCCCCGCGCCCGUGCACGCCACCGCGCCUGCGUCCGCGGCCCAGGGACCGGGAACCAUCUGUGCCUCGUUCCUCCUGGCGCCAACUUCACGCAGGUAUCUCCUGGGCGCCGUCUUUGGGGCACUUCAGUUGCCCUUGGAACGCCUGAUCCAGGGGGCCCGGCCGGCAGAGCGGAGGACCAUCUGGAGCCGGGGGAGUGGCGGCCCCCGGGUUGCCGUCCCCCCAUCCCCCGCUCGCCCCCGAUGGGAAAGGUGGGCUUGGUGUGUUACCAAAUGUUGCAGCGACUUGUGCAGCGAAUAGGGUGUAAGUUAUGUAAGACACAUAAGGUCCCUGCACUUGAUAAUUUGAAGGAGGCCGUGAUAGCAGCGGAAAUAAAGUUUGCCUCAGUUGAUGCCGCAGCCGCUGAGAAGCAGCGCCCGGGCUCAGCUGCAGCAGAGGUGGGAGCAACAGUGCCAGUAGCAGAAAUAAUAACAGAAGCUAAAGUAUCAGACACAAUAGUAGAAAAAGCACCAGUAGAAUCGCAGCAGCAGCAGAAGCAGAGGGAGCACCAACGCAGAAGCAGAGGCAGCACCAGUAGCAGAAGCAGAGGCAGCACCAGCACUGAAACAGAGGGCAGCACAGCAGCUGAACAGAGGCAGCAUCAAGGCAGCACCAGCGCUGAAGCAGAGGCAGCACCAGCUGCUGAAUCAGAGGCAGCACCAGUAGCUGAAACAGAGGCAGCCCCAGCUGCUGAAGCAGAGGCAGCACCAGCAGCUGAAACAGAGGCAGCACCAGCAUCUGAAGGGGAGGCAGCACCAACAGCAGAAGCAGAGGCAGCACCAGCUGCUGAAGCGAGGAAAGGUGCGAAGCCAUUAGCUGAUGUAGAGGCUGCAGUAGAAACAGAAGCAGAAGCACAGUCCCCAGCAGAAGCACAGAAGAGCCCGCUAAGGAAGCAGAAGCCCCAAAACCUUCCUUCUUCCAGAGAAUCAGAGGUUCUUCUGGUAUCAGCCGGCCAAAGCUUCACCGCAGGCAGCACCAACAGCAGACACACAGGCAGCACCCCAGUAGAAGCACAGGCAGCACUAACAGCAGAAGCACAGACAGCCCCAAACAACAGAACACAGGCAGCACAAACAGAAGAAGCAGCACCUGUAUUAGACAGAGGCAGAAACCUGCAGAAGAAAAGGCAGCACCAACAGCAGAAACAGAUGAACCCAGCAGAAGCAGAGGCAGCACCAAAAGCAGAAGCAGGGGGCAGCACCAGCAGUAGAAGCAGAAGCAGCACCACAGCAGAGACAGAGGAAGCACCAGCAGCAAAAAGCAGAGGCAGCACCAACGCAGAAACAGAGGAAGCACCAGCAGUAAAGCAGAGGCAGCACCAACAGCAGAGACAGAGGAAGCACCAGCGUAGAAGCGAGGCAGCCCCAACAGCAGAAACAGAGGAAGCACCAACACAGAAGCAGAGGCAGCACCAACAGAAAAAAACAGAGGAAGCACCACAGCAGAAGCAGAGGUACCACCAAAAAGAAAGAAACAGAGGAAGCACCAGCCAGCAGAAGCAGAGCAGCACCAACAGCAGAAACAGAUGA